GGUAUGGGCUCCUCACUGAGACGUCAUUUCGGCUUAUAAAAAACAUCUUAGCACAACAAGUACCGAUCCUGCUGCACUAAUGAAAAUUACCCCGGUCACUACGAUGGCCACUCUCCAAAUGGCCGCUCCAGGUAAACGUCCUGGCAGUGUGGCGAUUCUUGCAUUGAACAAGGGGACUUUUAUUAAACAAUCCAUCGCGACUCUUGAGUACCUUGAGGAUAUGUGUGAUAACUUCCAGCGUCACCAGGAGGCCCCUGAUCACGAAAUACAAUCCCAGAUGGAGAUGCAAUGAGAAAGGCGGGAUGCAGCAUGCGGGGACAAACACCGGAAGAAAGGGCCAAGACGAGGGAAGUCAUGCAGUUGGCAGAUGAGGCCACCAGCUAUUUUCUCUGGCGUGCCAUAAAGGCAGCGCGAUGUUUUCAUUGCGGGAGAAACAGAGCCCUGCUACUGCAAGAGUUGCCAUGGAUUCUUGCAACAAGACCCUGGCACUCAUUAAUCUCUAUUAUCUUGGUGAUUCGCGUUUUUAGAUCUCUGAUGAGAUGGAAGAAACAGGACAGAGUAGAAACAACGUGACCAUUGGAGACUGCGUCUUGUUCUCUUUGUUACAUUUUGCAAACAUAUUAUACGGGGUUCAACUUGUUGCUGAACUGCCAAAUUUGAAAAUGUUUUAUGAAUGGUUCAAGAACCGAGAGAGUGCAAAAACGGAGGGGAUACUAUGUAAUGAGAAUUUGAGAGCCUUAGCGAGCCAUUGGCUACAAGAGAAAGGUUCACUUGCUGGAACAAUUUGGGAAGGUUUGAAAGUAUUGAAUAUUUACUUGAUGGUUUGUGAACGACUCGUUCUUAGUCUAUUCGCAGCAAAGAAAAGUAGUAGGGACGUACUGAUCUUUCAAGUCUAUUUCCUGGCUAGAGAAAAUUAUUGGCGUAUCCCCAUGCUCUAUAGAGCAGGUUUGUUGCUAACAUCAAAAGGAUCAGAUGACAGAUUGA